CAAGGUUCUUUUCCAAAACUCUGUCCGCACUGAGACCUCCUUCCCGGACCCCAUUCUCCCCUUAGCCGACUGCCUCCCAUCUAUCGCGACAGACCGGCGGUUGCUGGAGAGCCUCGGGUCGCGGGCCGCGCCGCCCCGAGAGGCACUUCCGGCGGCAGUUCACUUCCUGGUUGGGUGGAUGGAGCCGGGCGGGAGCGCGCGCGGGGGAGGGGCGGCGGGUCAGUCUCCGCCGGGCGCUGGGAGGAUCAGCUGGCGGGCGGGCGCCGAACGCGGCCCCGGCUCUAGCUGCAGCGCCUCCUCCUAUCCGCGUCGCACGAUCCGACGGCCGUGACAAUGUUGCGGGGCUGGUAGCUGGGCGCCGGCCACCAAGCCGUCUCAAGUUUAAACUUACGCGAAUCGCUCUCCUGAGGAGGAGGGGACCCGUCGCGCGAUUGACACGCAUAUUCCUAUAGGCAUCCUCCCUCAGCCCCCACCCCCACGCCCGGAUUCGGGUGGCUCCUUUCCGAGCUGAAAUCCGAGAAGGAAUCCUUGGAUCUCUUGUUUUCCUUUAAAAAACAAAAAUCCAGAAACCAUUGGCUUUUUGCUAUUUUGCUGUUCCUUUUUUGCAAGAUGAAGAAGUUUUUCGACUCCCGGCGAGAGCAGGGAAGCUCUGGCCUGGGCUCUGGCUCCAGCGGAGGAGGGGGCAGCACCUCGGGCCUGGGCAGCGGCUACAUCGGAAGGGUCUUUGGCAUCGGGCGACAGCAGGUCACUGUGGACGAGGUGUUGGCGGAAGGUGGAUUUGCUAUCGUGUUUCUGGUGAGGACAAGCAAUGGAAUGAAAUGUGCCUUGAAACGCAUGUUUGUCAACAAUGAGCAUGACCUCCAAGUGUGCAAGAGAGAAAUCCAGAUCAUGAGGGACCUGUCAGGGCACAAGAACAUUGUGGGUUACAUUGAUUCUAGUAUCAACAAUGUGAGCAGUGGCGAUGUAUGGGAAGUUCUCAUUCUGAUGGACUUCUGUAGAGGAGGCCAGGUGGUAAACCUGAUGAAUCAACGCCUGCAAAUAGGGUUUACGGAGAAUGAAGUGCUUCAGAUAUUUUGUGAUGCCUGUGAAGCUGUUGCCCGCCUGCAUCAGUGCAAAACUCCUAUUAUUCACCGAGACCUGAAGGUUGAAAAUAUCCUCUUGCAUGACCGAGGCCACUACGUCCUGUGUGACUUUGGAAGCGCCACCAACAAAUUCCAGAAUCCACAAACUGAGGGAGUCAAUGCGGUAGAAGAUGAGAUUAAGAAAUACACAACACUGUCCUACCGAGCACCGGAAAUGGUUAACCUGUACAGUGGCAAAAUCAUCACCACGAAGGCAGACAUUUGGGCUCUUGGAUGUUUGUUGUAUAAGUUAUGUUACUUCACUUUGCCGUUUGGAGAGAGUCAGGUGGCAAUUUGUGAUGGGAACUUCACAAUUCCUGAUAACUCUCGAUAUUCCCAAGACAUGCACUGCCUAAUUAGGUAUAUGUUGGAACCAGACCCUGACAAAAGGCCAGAUAUCUACCAGGUCUCCUACUUCUCAUUUAAACUACUCAAAAAAGAAUGUCCAAUUCCGAAUGUACAGAACUCUCCCAUUCCUGCAAAGCUUCCUGAACCAGUGAAAGCCAGUGAGGCAGCUGCAAAAAAGACCCAGCCAAAGGCCAGACUGACAGAUCCCAUUCCCACCACAGAGACUUCAAUUGCCCCUCGCCAGAGGCCUAAAGCUGGGCAGACUCAACCGAACCCAGGAAUCCUUCCCAUACAGCCAGCCCUGACACCUCGAAAGAGGGCCACAGUGCAGCCCCCACCCCAAGCUGCAGGACCCAGCAGUCAGCCUGGCCUUUUAGCCAGUGUUCCCCAACCAAAAACCCAGCCCCUACCCAGCCAGCCUCUACCACAGUCUCAACCCAAGCAACCGCAGGCUCCAGCCACCCCACAGCAGCCGCCUUCCUCGCAGGCCCAGGGGCUGCCCACUCAGGCCCAGGCCACACCCCAGCACCAGCAGCAGCUCUUCCUCAAGCAGCAACAGCAGCAGCCGCAGCAGCCGGCGGGCACCUUUUACCAGCAGCAGCCGCCGCAGCAGCAGCAGGCCCAGACUCAGCAGUUUCAGACAGUACAUCCAGCAACACAGCCACCAGCAAUCACUCAGUUUCCUGUGGUGUCCCAGGGAGCCUCUCAACAGCAGCUGAUACAGAACUUCUAUCAGCAGCAGCAGCAGCAGCAGCAGCAGCAGCAGCUGGCCCCAGCCCUGCAUCAACAACAGCUGAUGACUCAGCAGUCUGCCCUGCAGCAAAAAACCCCUGUGGCAGUGGUGCAGCAGCCCCAGGCACAGCCGGCUGCAGCCCCACAGCCACCCUCGGCCCAGGAGCCAGUGCAGAUACAAGCCCCAAUAAGACAACAGCCAAAGGUUCAGACAACCCCUCCUCCUGCCGUCCAGGGGCAGAAACUCGGAUCUCUCACUCCUCCAUCAUCCCCCAAGACCCAACGGGCUGGGCACAGGCGGAUUCUCAGUGAUGUAACCCACAGUGCAGUCUUUGGGGUCCCUGCCAGCAAAUCAACCCAGCUGCUCCAGGCAGCAGCAGCUGAGGCCAGUCUCAAUAAGUCCAAGUCUGCAACUACCACUCCAUCGGGCUCCCCUCGGACCUCCCAGCAAAAUGUUUAUAAUCCUUCAGAAAGUUCUACAUGGAAUCCAUUUGAUGAUGACAAUUUCUCCAAACUCACAGCUGAAGAACUGCUCAACAAGGACUUUGCCAAGCUAGGGGAAGGCAAACAUCCUGAGAAGCUUGGGGGUUCAGCUGAGAGUUUGAUCCCAGGCUUUCAGCCAUCUCAAGGUGAUGCUUUUGCUGCUUCCUCAUUUUCCGCUGGAACCGCUGAAAAAAGAAAGGGGGGGCAGACUGUGGAUUCUAGCCUGCCACUUCUAAGUGUGUCUGAUCCUUUCAUUCCUCUUCAAGUACCUGAUGCACCAGAAAAACUAAUUGAGGGACUCAAAUCUCCUGACACUUUUCUUCUGCUCCCUGACCUCUUGCCUAUGACAGAUCCUUUUGGUAGCACUUCUGAUGCUGUAACUGAAAAAGCUGAUGUUGCCGUUGAGAGUCUCAUACCAGGACUGGAGCCCCCAGUGCCCCAGCGCCUCCCAUCCCAGACGGAAUCUGUUACCUCAAACCGCACAGAUUCUCUCACCGGGGAAGAUUCCCUGCUUGAUUGCUCUCUGCUUUCUAACCCUACCACUGACCUUCUGGAAGAGUUUACCCCCAUAGCGAUCUCUGCUCCGGGCCAUAAAGCUGCAGAAGACAGUAAUCUCAUCUCAGGUUUUGAUGUCCCUGAGGGCUCGGAUAAGGUGGCGGAAGAUGAGUUUGACCCCAUUCCUGUAUUGAUAACCAAAAAUCCACAAGGUGGGCACUCUAGAAACAGCAGUGGGAGCUCUGAGUCCAGUCUUCCCAACCUAGCCAGGUCUUUACUGCUGGUGGAUCAGCUCAUAGACCUGUAGCCGUGACCCAGUAGCAGAUGCAGUUCUGUAAUCUUCAUACCGUAAUAUACAUUUUCAUUAUGGAGUUAUAAGGAAAAGCGAUUUAAAAAAAAAAAAUCUGCAAACAAGGGGCCCUCUAACCCUUAGUUCCUACCCUUUGCCUUCUCCUGUAGAAAUGAUAAGGAAAGAAUAUCACUUCGGCCCUCCAGAUACUCCUCGUUCAGUUCCUCCCUGUUAGUUUUGCUGUGUUUUUUCAUUAUCCUUCUUCAAUAGCAUUAUCUUAAAUCAAGCACUAGAUGCCAUGAGCUUCACUUCUGCUGGAAUCGACUCCACCAAAAGCUUAACUCGUAACUGAAACUAGUGAACUGAUACCUUUGUCUCAUUCUUGCUAGGAAUGGCCUCCCAAAUCAAUCCUCCCAAUCCGUCUCCUUUGGCCAGGCACUGAUGAAUGUGUUUACCUGUUUUUGCUUUUCUCCUGAUACAUUUUCAUGAAGACAUGGCUUCUUCAGUUGCUAUUAACUCUAGAAAACAGCCUGGAGACGGGUGGUUUAAGAGAGGAUAGAAAUGACUGAUAGUAGUAUGUUUGAGAAGAGAUAUUGAGCCCAGCUCUAGCCAACCAACUUUUGAACCUGUUUGGUCAUAGUUUUAGCCAAGGGAUUUUACACCCCCUGCAACCUGCCCAGCAUUCGUCCAGCUUUUGGGCUUCCACUGAACCGUGAUUUCUCAGAUCUGGAGACGUGACUGCAAGUACUUGAGAAGCUUGAAGAAAAUGUGUACAUUAUAUAAAUCCCAAGUAUUGCCAUUCCUUUUCAUGUUAUCUGUCCCAAGCUGGGAUCUCAGAAUAGACCAAAAUGAGACAAUGGUGGUAAUAUGAUACCUUUUACUAGAAGACUUUUCACUGGGGGGUGGAUGGGGGAAGGGAAGGAAUUGUAGCAGAAACAGAUGUAUUUUUCUUGUGAUUUUUAUUUUGAAUCAAAUAUUGUAAAUUGUGUAUAAACGAAGACGCUGAAUAGUUCUGUUUCCACUUGGCGUUUCAAGUCUGAUAUCAGGUGUCUGUACAGGGUUUUGAUCUCUUUCCCAUGUAUAAUUACACAGCAAUCCUACAGUGUAACGUAUGGAAUCAUUUUGGAGUAGACUUGUGCAUUCCCUUCAGCAGGGCCUCUGUCUUUGUAGAAUAAGCAUGUUUGUUUUCAGAUAAUCAGAAAUAAGUGUGCGCAUAAGUUAGGCCCAAUUUGACUGUGGCUACUUACCUUUCUUUCUCUCUGAUGUUUAAAUUGAAGGCCGCAGCCAAUGGAUUAUGUUCAGUUGGUUUUCCUUGGCCUCCUAGAUCCAAACAAAACAAAACAAAACAAAACAAAACAGCAGAAUCUUGUUCAUAAGUAAAUAAAGGACCCUGCCCUUACAUGACACCAUGCCUCCUGGCACCCUCUCUAUAUGGACUCACUCAUUGAAGUGUAUUUUUUUUUUCCUUACUUGGAAAAGCAAUUUUAUAAAAUCACCCUUUUGAAAAGAGGUGCCAUUUCUUCCUUGAGUGCCAUUUUCCAUGAUCCCAAAAGGGAUACUCUUUAGUUGAUCUCAUUUAUACAAAUAAAAUUCCAAGUUCAUUUGCUUGUUUCUCUACAUAGUACUUUUGUUUCUUCUUCCUCACUCUUGCACUUUAAGAUGGAAAAAAGAAAGUUGAACAGCAACUAUAAAAGGCUGCAAACCCCUGCACUUUGGACGGUAAGCUCUGACCCCAGUAAUAUGAGAGCAGCCUUUGAAACAGGCAUCGGAGGAAAAAUCUGACUCUGUCAGUCUACCUUCUGACUUUAAAUACCUCCCAUGCUGGCUGAAAUUAGAUGAGCAAAAUAAAGGCCUCUAUUAGGAUAAUGGAUCAUUUCCACAAUUUAGAGAGGCACAACCUACUUGCUGAAGAUAAACAAAGAUAUCCCUGAAGAGUUCUCUGUGAUUGGAUAGCAGUGAAAAUGGGACUUGGUUUACCCUUCUAUGGACAGGAAAAAUUGCUGCAGAUCAGAAUUCUGUUCUCUUUCCUGGAAAUAGAAAGAAUGUAUAAACUAAUGAAGGAAAUGUUUAUUUUUAAAUAACAAUGUUUUAUUCCUCUGUUUUCAGAUUUGAUUUUUUUUUCAUAUAUACAUGUUAGAAAUAAAAUGAAAUAUCUAGUUUCUCAAUGUAGUUGAAACCAUGAAGCUUAUAGUUUAGAAAUUAGGUAAAUGUCUCUAAAUUGUUCCUUUCAUGCAUUACCUGUAAUUACAUUGAGAUAUAUUAUCUAGUCAUCGGGCUCAAUAAAGUUUAAUGGAGGCUGCUAAUGAAAAUGAACAGAAGAGAAGCAAGAGACUGGGUGAAUGGUGGAAGCCUGAGGAACAUAAGAACAUGAAAUUAUCUUGGGCUUAUUGUUUCGGAGUAGGGCUUGAGGGAGAGAACUAGUUUUCUGUUGAGGAAUAUGCGUGAGGGAGACUCAGUAAAUGAGGCCUUCCUGAGUUUAUAGUGUCAUUCCUGAGCUAAAGGGUUGGCUUGAGUUGAGUGUAAUGUGCUGGUCACUGAUAGACCUGUGGAACCACAGGCUGAGCUACAAGAGGGACCCUAAAGGCCAUCUUCUAGUCCAUCCUCUUUGUUCUGCAGACACGGGGCCUGAGCUGGAUGGAGGCAGGAUGGUGGGAGAAGAGGCCUGGGCAGGACAGGUCUCCUGCGAUCUCCUCCUGACCCUCGCCAGCCCCUGGCUAAGUGGCCUUCAGCAGGUGCUUCACCUCUCAGAGCUUCCUUUUUUAUACAACAAUGGGUUUGGACUAGAUGGACUUUAAAAUUAUAGAAUUAAAGAGUUCUAAGUAUAUAUUAUUAUUCUUUAGAAGGACUAUGAGGGAUUUAUAUAAUCCUGAUGUUCUUCAGUUACCUUCUGUAGUUCUUGCUAUUACUGUAGCAGUAUUUACAGUUUAGAGAAUUAUAAUGGGCUUUUACUGACCUGGGCUGUUAUCUGAAUAAAAAGCCUAAAUCAAAGAAUUUGGACGCAGAUGUUCCUUUUUUAAUAUUAAACACACACACACACACACACACACACACACACACACACAUCCCUACAUAUUUAAAAACAAAACAAAACAGUAUCAAAAGAUUUUAGUUCUUUUUAAAUGUAUAAUCAAGGGUUUGCCAUUUUAAAAUGGACAAAUACUGUAAGCCUAUGUUUCUGAUCUGCUUUUAUUCCAACUGUGUAAGAGUGGUAACUAUACCAGAAAACAUCAAAAAUUGUUUUUUCGCCCCCUUUAGGGCAAAAACUAGAUCACCAAUUUCAAGACCCUAUGUUUUUAAAUACACAGACCUCAAAGGAAAUAAGGUUUAGAUGGACACUUUUAAAAACAUGAUUAUACCAUUAUAAUCUAAUGAUUUCUUUAGCAGACAUAUCAGAUAUUUGACAUCCAGUUGAGUAUUGCUUCCAUCAAAGACACCUGGUUUCAGUUGGGAAGAUGAUACGUAUUCUAAUGAUGCUGUCAUCAUUUAAGUUAAUUUUGAAACUCUUCUUCUUAGAAAUAACAUCAAGGAAAGUAAUAAGGUAUAAGAAAAUGUGUUGUCUUAUUAUCUAAUUAGUAUCGCUUUCAGCAUCUGAAAGUAUAUUCCUUUGGUCUAUUUUUUCCACCACUCUUGGUUCUGAGUAACAUUUGGCUAUUUCCAAAAAAGCAGAAUCACCCACAUAAGAUGAAGAGUGGUUAUUAUUGAAGACAGUAAAAAGACUAAUCCAGAAAAUUCUCAGAAGACCUCAUAUGGAAAGUGAAAAUGAUCAGUUGUAAUUUCUUUACUAUUCUGAAUAAGGGAACUCUGUGAUCCCCAGUCUUUAGUAUGGUUUAGAAAAUGGAAGGAUAAGGAUUUAAAAAUGCUUCUGAAAUGCCUCAUUUGAUAUUGGACUUGGCUCUUUCUGAAUUAGAAUUAAGGAACUUUGAUUGCUAAUAGUUGAAACAAAUCCAGGAAGAGAACCUAUUUAUCGCAAAACAGAAUACCUGUUUUGUUUUUAAUACUUUUUUCCUGGUCUUCUGACUUCAGCAGUGCCGUGGGAAGGAGGGAACUCUGAGGCUGACCUUCAGCCCGGAGGUGCAGAGGGAUCUGAGUUCUGCUGAAUAAGUGCAUGCUAUGGAUAGGUACCUUGGGCCAGAUUAAAGUCUCCCAGAAUGAAGUUUUUUUGUGAUCUGCAGGGUCAUUAACCUUCUCAGUCUAUAGUAUCAGCACAGUCCUGUGGCCUCUAACCUAGUUUUGGGAUGAAAGUGACAGGCUCACCAAAGUACUGAAUUAGGCAAAUUACAAGCUGCCAGGCAGCACAGAAAAAUAUCCCAUGGAUGGGUAUUUAGAAUGAGAUCUUUCCUGAAACACUCCAGAUAUUGCAAAAUUCUUGUAUUUCUCUCUAGAGACUAUAAUUUUACCAACCCAAAGUUAGCCUUUUCCUUUUCCACACUAGUAAUGUCCCUGAGGUUGGAUAUGCUUGAGUUUCUUGAGUCAGAAUGAAUCCCAGAUGGCCUCCAUUUCAAAUAAUUUGUAACAAGAUACUAUUUUGUUUCUCCUGGCUUUCCUCUUGCUAAGGUGGCGGAGGGAGGCUCCUCCGGUAAAGAAACCUAUGCAAAGUUACCAAAUGGUGGUAGUUACUAGGAUGGAAGAUGCUUUCUUGGUCCCCACUUUGAUGUAGUGUCCUGAACUCUACUCUUUUCCUGUGAGUAUUCUCCUCUGCCCCAUUGCACACUCCCCUGUCAUGUGGAUGUGUAUUAACUCUCGAUCUUUAUCCUGUGCUCCCCAAGAAGACAAAGCAAACAAAUCUACAUGAAGCUAUCUUAUGCAGUAAAAAUGUGAAUCUGAACAUUGCUACGCAAGUAUUGUAUAGAUAACAAGUUCUGUAAACAAAUUUCUUAUGUAAACAUACAGGGGAAUAAAGUCUUUUAUCUGUUCAAACAGGAGCAUGUUUAGAGAUGUAAAUAACUUAAAAUAGUUGCUGUUAACUUGAGCCAAAAACACACUUUUGCAAAAAGGAUUUAAACACGCUGUUGAGUGACACCACGAACCUGUGCACAAGAAAAGAGAGGACACAUGAGAAAGACGUACUGAGGAAAUUUUAAUGAGUCAUGGCUACCCUGGCUUUACUUUGUGAAGACCCUGUGAAACUACAUUUGGUAUGAUCCAGAAGCAGGGCUAUAAAAUGGAGCACAGAUUUGCAGCUACCCUCCUCUGAUUUAGUUUUUAAUAUGCUCAGGGCAAUUCAAUUAAACAUUUGUAUGUUGGCAAUAGCACUUACAUGCCCAGUGAGAAAUCUCUUCCUUUUAAUUGUCCCGUUGGCUUGAAAGGUACAGCAUCGCUGGUCAGUUUGGGCCCCCCCAAGUCCCUUAUUCCCCAAUCAUGGGUUUUAAUGCCAUUAUACAACAUAGGGCACAACCAAAGGCUUAAUUGCAUUAUCUAAGCCAAAAGGUCAUGGAAGGUAAUAAUUUAGUGUACCUCUCUUGAUGCCCUGAUUUAGUUCCAGGAUGGUACAUUUCAAUUGGUGCUGCCUUUCUGGAUUUCUUCUGAAGGAAUAUUUUGCUCUCCAUUCCCCAACUAAAUGAGAAGACUGCAUAUACUCAAAGUCUUCAUUUUCAGUUUUUGAUACUCCCUGCGACUGUUACUUCAGUUUAUAGUCUGGGGAAAAGUAAAAUAAUCUGGUUGUGCAUGGGAUGCCACGUUAGGGAAUAUCCAGCCUAAAAUUUAAGUCUUCAGAUCUCAAGUGUUUGUAGAGCUCUCAGAAGACCCACACUAUGUCCAUCAGAUUUUCAGUGUAAACCUAUCCCAAAUCAUGCAGCCCUUGUGGUUGUUUUGGAAGUUAAUAGGGAGCCAGUGAAGAUAGUUGCCAAGUCAUAAAGUACAUUUUGGGACUCCUUUCCUAGUCUCUGAAACACAUGAGAACGUACUGAAAUCUUCAUAAUUUGGAGCCUCUAAGUAGACUACAGUGGAGUUAUCCUUUAUGCAUGUGUCAAAAAGUGGUACACAGUCCCACAUCAGAGCAAGAAAAAGAAGUAUGUUUGACAUCCAGCUUAAUUUAAUGUGCUAAAACAGAAUAAAAGGCAGCAUGAUCCAGCGUGAAAGAAUUAGAGCAAAAUGCCCUACCUUAGGGUUCGGGAUAAGUAAGUGCCUUGUGCAGACUGCGAGACCCGAUCCUGGUCUUAAGCCUCUGAGGAACAAAGAGCCAGCUUGAUUGAGUUCUGAGGUCACGGGGUAUUCGCUGUGCCUGCUGUUGGUUACCAGAGGAACUGGGCCAAGGCAUGAGAUUAAAUCUGUAUAAAUCCUUCAUUGCUAGUGAGCAGACUGCUUCAAAUACAUGUUUUCCUGACUGUACAAGACCACUUUUGUAUAGGACUGUCCACCCUGUGAACACAUGCUUUCCCUAUAAGAACACACUCACAGAUUCUAAAAUAGACCUUUAACCGCCUGCAGGAUUUAACAUCUACCUUCUGUUUACAGUUAUUUAGAAUCUCUCCUUCUCUUGACUACCUUGUUUCUUGUGCUUCCACCACCAAAAUUCCCUAAGGGAAAUGCGGAUGUCUGUACUUUCCCCUUACCUGCCGGCAUUUCUUUGGUCUCUGGAGUUCCAGAGUUGGGGAAUUGCAAAGUGUGGUUGUUCUCUGCCUGGGUCACACCGCAUCUUCUCUCAAGAGAAUGGAAAGGUUAAGAGACUUGUCCUUCUCAAGUGAAUCCUUUAAAUGUGUGUUUCCAGUCCCACAAAGCAGAUUCAUAUGGAAAAAGACACCUGAAAAAGUUCUGGCCUUCAUUUUUUUUAAAAGACAGUAGGAGAGUUUCCCCUCCAGAUGAUGGUAUGGUACUUUUGUGACUGUGAAUUUUAAAAAUUUGUUGGAAUUUCAAGUAUGAUUUUCCCAUUAUUCACCAUGAAGAUCACAGAAUAUGCUCCCAGUUGGCAGGUUUCCAGUUGACUUGACCAAGAACCUACUUUUUUAACAAAGUUCUGAUAGGUUAGACAUGUUCUUUCCUCCUGUCCAAUGUUGUUUCUGGGCACCCCCCACUUGCUAUCUCAGAAUUCUCAAAAUGUUAUCUAACACUGCAAGCAUCCAAAGGGUCCUGGGUUCAACAAGUCACUGAUUUUUGGCUCGCUGUGCUCAUCAACUGGUUUGACUGAAUUUAAAUUAAAUUUUCAAAAAACAUUGAAUCCAAUCGGAUUAGUGUUCAUUUUGAUUAUUGUUCUGUAUGUGUCAUAGUUAGUCAUUAGCUUGACUAAAUUUUCCAUUUUUUCCUGAAGAGAUAUUUUGCCCUCCUGCAGAACCAGUUUAAUAAUAUCAAUCUUUAGGGUAGUUUUGAAAGAUGAAGGAAUUGGACCUCGGUUUUGGCAACUAAAAGCUUUGUCCAACUGCUGAUAUGUUGGGAAGUGGUCCAAGGAGAUUUGGGGGGCUUCUCAUAUCUCUUUGCUUGGCAAAUUUUAUUUUGAAAAACUUUUUUGCCCUCUUUCAUCUGUAUUAGCUCCCAGAAAUCAUCAUCUGGCUAUCACUGUGACAGAGCUAAUAUUAAUGUUUGCUUGAGAAAAUAGGCUUAUUUCUUUCCACAUAUAUCUCAAGGGAAAAAGUGGUCAUUUAUUUCCUAUCAAUUGACCAGUGCUUUCCUAUGACCCAUAUAACUGCACAUUUUAAAGUUGUAAUACAGGAAAAAAGUUAAUCCUCUUCAAAAUCAUAGUCUUCAAAUACUAUACAGAAAGCUAUUCAGCACCCGUACAAAAUUUAACUUCAGAACUCUAAUCUAGAAUUCACUAAAUUCAUUCAGAUGGUUAGAAAGGGAAAUAAAAAUGAGCAUAAAAUUGUUUUUGAGAACAAUAUUUAGGUCAGAACUCUUUAAAAAGCACUGCUAAAAAGUUAUAAAAUUCAGAGAAACAUAGUAUUUUUGUACAGUAUCUUAUAAAAUGUUCAGAUCUCUCUCUACGUUCUCUUUACAAUGUAAUGUCUUUAAAUGACUAGUUUCCCAAUAAACUGAUUUUGAUGCC